UUGACAAUUUUCUAGUAUCUUGUCCAUGAUAUUUUGGUAAAAGAAUUGACGUGUUGUUUUCAUUUUCAUUAUUCACGGCUUUUUAUUGCGAACUAAACGUUUUAUACUGAAAUAAACGCGGUAAUUUAUUAGUACUAGCGUAGGAUAUUUGUUUAACUAUAGAAAUGUUGCAUUUAAACUUAAUAGGUAUUAUUUUAUUAGUAACGAGUUCGUAUGCUUUAUACGACUCGUCCUCGGAUGUUGUUGAGCUAACACCUAGCAAUUUCGAAAGGCUGGUCACAAAAUCUGACGAGGUAUGGAUCGUGGAGUUCUUUGCCCCUUGGUGUGGACACUGUAAAAACCUCGUUCCUGAGUAUAAGAAAGCAGCCCGAGCAUUAAAGGGCAUAGCAAAAGUAGGAGCAAUAGACGCAGACCAAUACAAAGACUUCACACAGAAGUAUGGAGUCACAGGUUUCCCCACAAUCAAGGUGUUUACGGGGAGCAAAAGCAAUGACUACCAGGGCCAGAGAACUGCGGAGGCAUUUGUUGAUGCAGCCCUCAAGGCAGCCAAGGAGAAAGCAUACGAGAACCUUGGGAAGAAAUCUAGUGGAUCAUCCUCUGAUAAGUCGGAUGUUGUUGAGCUAACUGACAGCAACUUCAAAGAACUGGUACUAGACAGUGAAGACAUGUGGCUGGUGGAGUUCUUCGCGCCGUGGUGUGGACACUGCAAGAACCUCGAGCCGCACUGGGCCAAGGCCGCCACCGAGCUGAAAGGCAAGGUAAAACUUGGCGCCGUUGACGCGACGGUUCACCAAAUGAUGGCCUCGCGCUACCAAGUGCAAGGCUACCCCACCAUCAAACUGUUCCCAUCGGGCAAGAAGACCAGCGACAGUGUAGAGGACUACAACGGGGGCAGGACAUCUAGCGACAUCGUCGCUUGGGCUCUCGACAAGCUCGCCGAGAAUGUGCCCGCGCCAGAGAUUGUUCAGGUGGUAAACGAAGAGACAAUGAAAGCGUGCAGUGAGAAGCCGCUGUGCGUUGUAUCAAUAUUGCCUCAUAUUCUGGAUUGUGAUGCAGCGUGCCGUAAUGACUACAUUUCCAUACUGGCGCGCCUCGGGGAGAAAUACAAAGCCAAGAUGUGGGGAUGGGUGUGGUCGGAGGCCGGCCAGCAGCCCGCGUUAGAAGAAGCUCUGGAAUUAGGAGGUUUCGGGUACCCCGCGAUGGCCGUAGUCAACGCCAAGAAACUCAAGUUCUCCACCCUUCGGGGAUCCUUCUCAGAGACUGGCAUCAAUGAAUUCCUAAGGGACCUGUCAUUCGGUCGAGGCCAGACCGCCCCAGUCAAAGGCGCAGAGAUGCCAAUCAUCCAAACCACGGAACCCUGGGACGGCAAAGACGGCGAGCUCCCUCCUGAAGAGGACAUUGACCUCUCCGACAUUGACCUGGAGAAGGAUGAGCUGUAAGACUGCAAGUGAGAAAAGUGGAGUGAAAGAGUGAAGUGGUGUUAGUGUUUUGAAGUGUUUACUAAUGUCACGUUCCUGUUUUCAAUCUUUAUGCAAUCUGUCAAUAAGUUACCUAAAAUUAUGCUAUCUGUCAAAAAAACUAUACAAUUUUUGAGCAACAUCGCUAAUUGCUGAAAUUGAUUAGUAUCAAUCUAUCUCUAAUUUUCAACAAAUUACUUAGCGAUUAUGUAACUUAUCGUGUAUCGACUACACAUAGGUAGAUUGAAUAUAGGAACGUGACAUAAAAUUAUUCAUGUCAAAAGUUGAUAAUAAAAUCACAAUUUUUCGAUUAUUAUAAUAUAAUAAGAUGAAAUCCAUAUUGUUAAUUGUAAACUGAUAUAAAAGUUAGAAACCAAGCAGAAUUUUGAACUGGGACAAACCAGAAAAAAUGUACAUGUAAAUUAUUUAUUUAACUUCAGUAAAUGCACAAGUUUUCCGUGUUUUUACUGAAAAAACACAGUGUACUUUCUGGAAUAUGUUUUAUUAUGCUAUUUUAUUUUAUUUUUUUAUGUAACUUUAUUUAUUUAUUUCAAAACUUUUGAUAUAUAUUUCAUCUUAUUAUAAAAUCUUGUUCAACAUAGGUUAAAAAAAUAAAAAGAUGUGUUAACUUAGUCAGAUUCAGCUAGAUUUCGUGUAAUGUGGUACUUAUUGAAUUGAUAUGGUAAGGUUAUAGUAUAAUUUACUUUUGGAUGUACUUUCUUUUAUUAAAUGUUCAGACAAAGUAAUAAGAUAUUGAAUGUAUUUAUUAAACAGUUCAUAGAAAUAUUGCUGUCAAAAUAUUCAAGCUAUAAAUUAAAUAUUUGAAAUGUAAAUCCAAGUACAUCAAUGUGGAAUAUAUUUAAUAAUAAUAAAUAUUAUCUAUUAUAUGAAUAUUAAAAUAGAGGAGUUUUCAUAAAUAUUUAUUAGAAUUUAGUUAUAAAAUCCAGAGAUCACAGAUGAUAUUCCAAGUUUAGUUUACAAUUGUUCUCUUCUAUGAAAAUAAAUGAUACUGUACUGAAUUAACAUAUCCAUAACUAAUUUCUUAUUUACUUAGAUAUAAUUAUGCUUUAUUUUUGUUAUGCUAUUGAUAAUAAUCUGUAAUAUCCACACAUUAUUUAGUUACAUACUUAUAACCAAGUUAAACAUUUUAAUAUUAAACUUUAUAAGAAUUGUUUCAAAAUAUUUAGGAAAUCUUUUAAGUUGGAUGAGUGUUUUAAUUUAAUUCCUAAAUAUGAUGAAAGGCGAAAGCAUAGCAACAUCACUUUUUAGCCAUACUUACCAACUGAAAUAUGAUAUUUUUUGUAUGUAUAAAUCUUGGCUGCAUAUCUUCCAUAAAAUUAAAAUUUUGAAGCAUUUACUGCGGCAAACUGAUGUUUUUUAAUAAAAUAAAUGUCUAAUUAAGUAUAUCUA